UGCUGUGAUGAAGAAAACUCAUCAAAGACCUGACGGAACAUACGUUGAUGAGCGUGCUCGCUUGGUUGCAGAAACUUAUGAGAAGCACGUGGAAGAACGUUUGGGACAGCUCGAAUCUUCUGGUCUAGAUAAUGUAACACUUGAGAAUCUUGACCAGUGUGAAAAAAAUGAAAUUUAUGUCAAGGCUGCUGGAAUGUCUAAACUGGGACGUGUCUUUGGACUUGGAGCAUUACACAGUAAGAUUUUACCAGCUUGUGAUGUUUCGUCGAAUGCACCCGAAGCUUCUGAAGAAGUUGAAAUGAUAACACAAAGAUUGCAAGAAGUGGAAGCAGAACUAAAACAGAGCCGUGAAGAGAAUCUACAGUUUCAGAAAAGACUUGAGAAUAUGGAGACUCUUGUUCAGUCUAUCACAAAUCUAAGUGUCUAGAAUUGGAUCCACCUCCAGAAAUUUCCACUUUCCAUGAAGCUUACGUUCACCCCAUGUUUUUAAUAUCUUUAAUUAUGUAUUCUGUUUAGACUAUUUCAUGUUAUUAUCUUUG